AUGCUCACGGCGCUUCGUCGAAGUGGGUACGGUACAACGAUAGGGUCAGACGAACUCGACCCGUUGAUUCCUACCGAGCACAUGACAUUGGGUAAGCGGGCCGAACGAACGACGGCAGCGACGUUCCCUUUCUGGGUCUGGUACGGUGAGUUGCAAACGAUCGGUCGCGAGCAUGCCAAAGCGAUCGGCCGAUUGUUGAUCAGUCUCUCGACCAAGACGACGACAUUGACGACGUCUUCUUUAACAAUGGCUACCAAGUCGAAAUCGACCUCAUCGCUCGUCGCACCUCUAUCAAAACAUGCGCCUUUCCUCAUUCUCAUCUACCUUCGCGCGUCCGUGCACUCAACAAGUCCAAUCCCUUUGACCUUGAGGAGCGAGUUACAAGGCGGUUGGUUUGAAGUGAUGGAUGCGAUGGGCAAGUGGGAACGCGAGGCAUUGAUGAAGGGCUUCUUGAAGGACGAGGAGGAGGCCGAACGGGCCGUAUUGCGCCGGAUGUGGAAGGCUUACGAGAAGGAACGCUACAGAGGAUGA